AUGCGGGAGCGCGCCUGAGCUGUAGAGCUCUACUGAAGCAAACAGCCAAUCAGAGGAGCGGUUCUACCGUCAUACGCUGCGUGCACCCGCAUCUCCGCUGCACAGACACAGCAGCAGAAAAAAAAACAUUUUACAUGCCAAGAUUUCGUGAAUGGAUUGAUCGGUGGAUGAUUUAAGCGCACAUUCGCUGUCUUGUGAAGAGGAGGUGGAUUUCACCCAAAGGUUGGAACACCAUGGACUUUGGAAUUGUUAGCCUAAUGCCCUGACCAUGCGCUCACAGCAAAGUUUUAUGUCAUUUCUGAAUAAAGACGAAGCUGUACCCAGCAAAGACCACGAUCGUCUUUGCUGUAGGAAAUGCCGUUUUUCAACAAAAGACAUCGGUCUGUUCCGUAGACAUGUGGCUCAUCAUAACGAGGUGACGUUCUCCUGUGCCCUCUGCAGCCAUGUUUCCUUUUCCAAAACAGAGUCUCAGAAACAUGUUGUCUCACAUACUGGCUCAUACCCAUAUAAAUGUAGCUUCUGCCCGUAUGGAGCUGUGCGAAGAGAUUACAUGGUGAAGCAUAUUAAUCGUUUACACAAGGGGCUGAAGGAAAAAGACUUCAUAACAAAUUUUGAUAUAACCACCCCAACCUGCGAACUACCAUCUGUCACUGACAUUCAAAGAACAUCCAGUUGGCCUGAAAUGACAGAGCAUUGUAUGAAUUCCAGCACAGCUGCUCUACCUAAAGGAAACACACAGGUCGGAUACCCUGGUGGAACUCAGCCGAGAACCAGGACGUCAUCUGCUAUUGCCAAAACUAGUAACAGUAGAGAUGCCCGUUUGACCUGCUAUACGACAACACAGUGCGUCACUAACACCACACCUGGUGUUCCUGUUGCUAAGACAAAGUUUAGAGGUCCCGUUCCCAGCUGUGCUCCCAACGUAAGUCACUCAAUAGGCAACACUCAAGUGCAAGUGGUUUUAAGAUCAGGGCAAGAAAAUGGAAAUUUAUCAGGUUCUUUGGUCAGUGGGAAUUGUCAAAGUAAGCUGGGUAAUAGUAAACCAGAAAAGCCCAUUCACAAAGCAGCAUUUAAAGGAGUCCCUGCUGGUUUUACAGAACCACCUUUGAGAAGCCAAAGGAGUGGUGUUCCAGAAAAGCCAAUCCAUUCCAAAAUCAUUCCCAAAGUCCAGGUCAGACUGCCUGUUGAAAUGAACAGCCCACUCAGGCCUCUUCUCAAUAUGACAGCGGGGGCAUUAUCCCAGAAAAAUGUUGCAGUUCAGAGCAUCCAAACCAAUCAGAUGGUCGGUCAAUCCAUGGCCGCAUUAAACAAUUUGACACCACAGAAAAUGACUGCAGUGCUUUCCAACAGUCCAAUGACACAUUCUGAAAGACAUCUGCUGGUUUCCACUCAGAAAGAACAAACUACAGAAAAGAGCCACCAGCCAAAGACAAAUCCUAGAAUUUUCAUAGGGUCCACAACGGAGAAGCAAAGUUCACUGUCCAGUGUCCAAGUGGAACUGUUAGCACCUUUAAAUCAGCCCAUUCAGCACAACAAGCCUUUGACUGUGUCUUGUCCAGAGGAGAUAAAUAUUCCUGCUGGCUGUUUGGUUGAGUUGGUUGAGGUGAAAAAUGUCAAUGGAACUCGGGAACUGGAGCUGCGGCUAAUACCAUCUAAUGGAAUUCCACAUGACCCGAAGGACACUGCGGACUGUCCUUCAACAGUCGCUACUGCAAACAAACUGUCAUUCAAAUGUCAAGUUGCCCCUGAGCCCACAGCUGGUCCAUCUAAGUCUUGUCCUAAGGAAAAACCGCAGCCACCUUUAGCAUUCACUGACAUUCAAACUAUCAAAAAACCUCUUCAUCCAGUACACAAACCUCAGUGUUCUUCAGCUCAAACCAUGAGCAAGCAGAAGCCGAAAAGCAACGGCCCACCUUCCAGACCCCCAGUGGCAGCUGGUGAGGGUACAGAAUUGAGUUCUGAAGGUCUUCCUGUGAUUUCAUCAGUUUUCUCUCUCUGUCCCACACCUACAUCAACUCAAAGUGUCUCUCAAUCAAAGGCAGACAUUCAUGACGGCACCUUGAAAACAAAUCUGCAACUAAUCAAACUACAGGGACAGUUGAAAAUAGUUUCAGGUGCCGAUCGUAAGAUGGCAGUGACGAAAAAGUUAAAAGAAAACAUGCCAAGCACAGAUCAGUCAGUGGUCUGUAGUAUUAGGAUUAAAAAGGAGGCAGAAACCGAAGAGAAACACAAGGUUGACGAUUUGGAGCCGAAGGUUGAAAUUCUUGAAGACUCCGCAACAACUGAGGCUUGUGGUGGUCUAGAGAAAACGGUGCCUGGAAGAAAACCAAACACGCUUAAGAAAUCUUCUAAUCUUAACACAAGUGAUUUGACAGAAAAUACAAAAAGCCCUUUGAAAGCGGAUAUGACAUCCAACAUAGACAACAUUUCAGACAAAGACAAGGGAGAUUCUCCUUUGCAGUCUGGAAGCGACCCCGAUUUACGCAUUUGCCGUGACUUCCUCAUGUAUCCCAAAGUAACUUUGCAAAGGAUUCCGAGUUCACUCCUUGAAUCCACCAAGAAGGUUCCAAAGGCUCCAACACGGGAGGAGAGUUUGACGGCACGGCCUGUUCUCUACUGCACGUUAAGCAAGCAGAACGUGUCCGGAGGCCAUGAAGGAGCUAUCAAGCUGAUAUUAAAAAGAGACUUCCAUGAUAGUCAAGACCAAAACCACCAUGCACCUCCUCGUAAAAAACACAAGAAGGAUAAAAUGAAAAAACGCAAGCCACCACCAGUCGUGAUGGACUUUCAAAAUGUUUUGCCUAAAGGUCAUGAACUGAGAUUAUCACCUCUGAAAGAGGACCAGCUUGUCAAGUUUCCUGGCCCUAACCAACCUGUUGUGGUUCUAAAUCAUCCUAAUCCUUUAGUUCACAUGGUCAGCGUCGGUGUCCAAACCCUGAAGAACUAUAAGUACAUACAUCCGGUCCAUCACAUGCAGGAACAGACGGAGGUUUCAGUUAGCAAACAGCCUUCGUUCAAGAUGAAACUCAAAAAGGUACAAGGACAAAAGUACCAGGUAAUAGAAUUGGUUCUGAGAGGAGUCUCUGAAAAACUGCUCUAGUAUUGUUGACUGCUGUUUCAUACUUGUACAUAUUUGUUUAUAAUAAAAGAGCUGUUUUAAAGGGUACAUGUAUGGCUUAAUAGAUUAACAUUGGGAUUGGCUAUAUGAAAGUGAAGUAAAAAAAAAGUACAAAUCUCAGUGUCGUAAACUUUUCACUCGGAGGCCGCCAUUUCGCUGACAACACAAUUCAUAGUCGAGGUACCCUUUAAAACCUCUUGUGUAUAUUUAAGAUGUUUAACUUGUGUCACUGAAGUAUCAAAUUUUCUUUCCCUGAUGACAAUUUCAAUAAAAAAACUGUAUAAAUAUAUUAAUAAUAUAUUACAAAAAAUAGGAGCAAAUCAAAAUUCAUUCAUUUAGAAUUCAAGUGUUUUUGGUUUUUAGGCUAAUUCCGAUUUGCAGACAAUGUAAAGCACCAUUUCCAGUUUUUGCAUUCUAUUAUUGACUGUGUUUUACAACCUCAUAGAUUGUCAUAAAAAUCUGUGCCAAUAUAUAUUCAUACUCCGUGCAGAACUAUAGACCAGUAAUGAAGACAUUUUACAUAUCGUGCCAAUGCAGUUGUCUAUUUAUAAGACUAUAUGUGUCCAUUUAUCUCAAUUGUACAGCGUCUUUUCAUACCACUAAUGUGUUCAUGUACUCUUGAAUCUGUUCUGCCUGGUUGUGAUAUGUGCUGCCAGAUUACUAAUUGACCUUCAGUUUUUAUUCCUGAGUCCAUAAAUAUAUUUCUGCACAUAGUUUGUUAAAGCUUUUGUGUCUUGUGAAUGUUAAACAUUAUCUGAUGUUGUUUUUUCUGAACUGUGUAUAUUAAAUCACUGUUUCACCAUCUACAGCAGAAAUGUACUGUUAUACACACAAUGUAUGGCAGUAUGUAUGUUACGCAAAAUGAUCUGUGAAGGUUGUUAGAUCUCUUUAGAACAGUAGCUGCGUUUCCAUUACCUUUUAAAUUAAAAUAAAAAAUGUAUUUAAUUUUAAUAUUUUUAAAAUGUGGGCAAUGGAAACGUGUCAAUUUCCCAAAAACUCCCAUAUAUCGCAAAUUUUUUUUACGUCCGCAUGAGGUGGUUUUUCAUGCAAUUAGAAAAAGGCAUAUUUCGCAAAACUGCAAUGAAAACAGAUUAUUCGCAUUUUCAGGUUACCUGAUGCAAGUAAGUCACAUAAUUAUUAUUUGAAGAUGAAGCGUUAUGUACUAAAACCUCCCAGAAACACCUCAAUAUGUGUCCGCUCCCAAGUAUAAGAGGCUUUCCUUGCCAAUAAUGUUUGGAUAACACUCAUACAUCUCUUGAUUUAAAAUGAUGUAUGAUGUACUAUUACCUACAUACAAGACACCCUAUACAUUUCCUAAGUAUAAGGGGCUUUCCUUGGCAUUAAUGUUCGUCUCUUCAGUUAAAAAUGUCUAGUGUGGUGGAUGCGAUAUUAGUAAACCUACCCACAUUAGUCGACAUGAUGUUUGGAAUGACUUAUUGUGGAAAAACUGUGUUUCAGUGGCAUAUCAUCAUCAGUUAUUGGAAACGCCCUUAUUUCGUAAUAGUCUUUUGUCGACAUUUAGAAAAUAACGCUUAAGUUGUGCACAUAUCUGUAAUGAAAACGCAGCUAGUGACAUCUACCUCAAAUUAUUAAAACUCUAAACUCUAUUCAGUAAGAAACUAAAUGUGUUUGAUUUUGAUAAACAUUGAAUAAUUCGUGUCAAACCACACUAGUUUCCCAACGUUUCAGAUGUAUUAUAUUUAUUAUUAUUGUACUAUUGAAAAAAGGCCCAAAAAUGAUAAGAGAUAUAAAUGAACAGGUAAAACCAGGUGAUGUCAUUUUGAGUUUAACUUUAUUCAGUGAUUUAUUUCUUUACAUUUAUACCAGUUGUCUGUGAAACAUUAUUAAAAAGUUACUUUUCAUUUA